GUGACGAGCAGGAUGCAGCGCCCUGACACUGAGGCUGUCACUGUCACCCGGAAGAGACGUGGCAGAUAGAAGUCAGAAAAGAGGAAAAAAAGCCUUGGGUGUAAAGGACGAUAGUUACCUAUGUGUGGGGUGUAAGUGGAGGAAGAUAGAACCGAGAGUGACACCGAGGAGGAGAAAGGGGGCGAGGACAACACGGAAGUGGGGCAGUGCCCGGUGUCUCUCCCAUUAUGGGUCUCUGCAAGUGUCCCAAGAGAAAAGUGACAAACCUCUUCUGCUUUGAACAUCGUGUAAAUGUUUGUGAACAUUGUCUGGUGGCCAAUCAUCCGAAGUGCAUUGUUCAGUCCUACCUUCAGUGGCUCCAGGACAGCGAUUACAAUCCCAACUGCCGUCUAUGUAACACUCUGUUGUCUUCUAAAGAGACCGCUCGCCUUGUGUGUUAUGACUUAUUCCACUGGUCCUGUCUAAAUGACCUGGCCUCACAGCUGCCACCAAACACUGCACCUGCUGGCUACCAAUGUCCAAGCUGUCAAGGCCCCGUUUUUCCUCCAAGCAACCUUGUCAGCCCCGUGGCCUCCACCCUGCGGGAGAAGCUUUCCACAGUAAACUGGGCGAGGGCGGGACUGGGCCUCCCUUUGAUUGAAGAGACUGCAGUUGUAGAGGAGGUUGCAGAACACGAUGUUACGGAUUACAGGGACUGGUCAGUUGUCAAUUCUUCAUCCUCUGAUCACCUGUCUGAAAACUCCGAAAUACAACAACAAUCCGCCGGGUAUCUCUACGGUUCUGGACCUAACACCACAGCUCAGCAUGGCUUAUCUGGCAGCAUGUCAAAAGAUCACACUGUGAUGAUGGGAGAUGUAGGAGCUGAUAGUGUUACAAUCAAUGCAGCUUCAACUCCUAGAAAGAUUUAUGACACUCGAGAUGUUGCUGCCUCACAAGACGCUGUGAUUGACUUUGAUGAUGACAAAUACAGGAGGAGACCCACUCUAAGUUGGUUGGCACGGAUACUCCGGAAUCGUACUGGUUCUAAGUCUCGGCCGGUCUCCACCAAACAACGGUUCCUGGUUAUUCUAAUCAUUGGUGUAUUGGGCUUUCUAACUCUCAUUCUACUAAUGUCAAAAUGGGGCAGAGCAUCAGCUGACAAUGACCCAAACCUUAACCCGCUGUUGAACCCCCAUAUCCGAAUCGGGCAGAACUAGAUUAUACUGAAGCAUUCCAGGUGAAGAACAAAGGAAUGAACAUUGUCCCCACCAAAAAUGAAUUAUAUGGCCUAAGAAAUCCCAGAGUCCCAGGUGGAGAAGCAAGUGGGUGGUCUCCUUCUUAGUGGGUGCGUCUCAAGCUUAACAUCUUCUACACUGCCCAGUGUUCCUUCUGCAGAGUUAUUCCAGCAGUGAUGGCUACAGUGUGUUCUUCUGCCCAGAGAAGAUAUAUGGAGGCAUUAGCUGGUACAUGAGCUAUGGGAUCCUUUUGUGCCUUCACAGAUGGCACGAUGACACACAGUCUACCAUGUCAGACAGCCUGCCUGUGUGGUGUACCAUACAUAGUCCUUGGUCUUUGCUUUAAUUUAAUAAUUCCGAUUUACUGUGUAUAGUGGAAAUAUCCCAUGUGGAGACUUGCCAAGAGAAUAACAAACUACAAGUAUGACUUUUUUUUUUUUUUUUUUUUAGGGAAUAUCUUGUAAUUUCUCAUGUAUACUUUCUUUUGCCCUGAAAGGAUUCAUAAGCCAGUGUUGCAGAAUGUUUUGUAUAAGAAAAGUUUUUCCCCCCUUAAUUCUCAAUCUUCUGACAGUAAUAUAAUUUAUACAAGUAAAACUAACAGGCACUACAUCAUUAUAAAGAAUCACUAAUCAAUGUUAAUUAAAAUACACAUUUAUUACGGUUUCAAAGGUCAUAGUGUUGGUUUCCAGGCAUGUUGUGAUAUGUUUUAUGCAGGUCUUUUGACUUCUUCUUUUACAUUUCCAUAAACAAGUUUCAGUGUGUCCAGCCUAAUUCCACGAUUCAGGCAAUAUAAGACCCCACUUAAAGGGGUUAUCCAGGAAUAGGAAAACAGAGCUAAUUUCUUUCAAAAAGGCUUUCUUUCUGUCUCAAGGUUGGAUGUCAAUAUAAUGUAAUAUCACACACAAUCACACACAACCUGGGGAUAGACGUGAAGCUGUUUUUGAAAGAAAUUAGCUCUGUUUUUCUAUUCCUGGAUAACAAGCUGGUUGCAGCAGUAAGAUAAAUUCUUUAAAAGGGGGCCAUUGAAACCAUCCCCCAUUGUUUCACUAUUAUGAUCCCUUGCUGUGCUUGUGUUGUUGCCUAGGGUUGGAAUGGCCAAGUAGUAUAAAUUGAUUCUGAUCUUCAGGAAUGUUUGUGUACCUGUCCUUUAUAAACACUUUUGACAUGUCACAGAGAAAUGUUUAAAAGUUCUAAUCGGUCAGGACCUCACCAAUCGGGAGAACGAUGGGAAUUAGUGCGCAUUACACCCCAUCUAUGGGGCAGCAGGACAGAUCGCUGAGGAUUGUGGAGGUAAUGCGCUCCUGAUCAGUGGGGGUCUCAUCAACUGAUCAAACAUUUUGACUUGUGUUUGUGACACGUAAAAAAUUAUUAUUUUUUUUUUUACAUGACGGGGAUCAUUGGUUAGAAAUUUUUUGACAAUUGGCCUCUAAGAACUCUUAUUUUUCCUAAACUGUCUCUGCACUUUUGAGGUAAGAGAUUUACACAAUAGUUCUCCUCUAUUAAAAGUUUGUAAUAGAAAUGUGAAGUGAAAUACAAUUAUUUUUUACUAUCUUUGAGAAAAAAAGGUAACAAUGCUCACUUUAUUCACUUAAAAAAAAAAAGUUCAACAACUUAUGUAUUUUGUUCUUUCUGCCUUUGCUGAAUGAAACUGUUCUGUACAGAUCCUAUUAUAUAUAUUAUUUAUUAGAAGCUGCGUUCCCAAUUCUCCUGAGCUGACAGCAAUGUUGUCAAUGACUUUAGUUUUACGUUUUAGAUUCCUAUACGGUCCAUGAUGUAAAGGUGACACUUUCCAGAAUGUACAUCACAGCAAAAGUCAUGUGCAGCCAUUGAGCAGGAAAUUCUGGGGGAUUUUUACUUCACCAACAGAAUUGUGAAUGCAGCUGUAGGGUAACACUGAUCCUAGUGCAACGUCUAUGAAGAUAUAUUUGUUUUUUUGAACCAUGUUGCAGCUUUGCAGUUUUUUCUUUUUCUUGCUUCUUUCUCCCUGACUCAUUGAUUCUUCCUGCAGCAUUAUAAUACACAGGAUAAGCAGGGUGUUGGGGUAUAGCGUGUUUUUCUAAUAUUGAGGAAAGUCUGAGUGCGGCCUUGGAAUUGUGACAUAUAUCAUGAUGAUGGACGUGGCUUAGCGCCAUUCCUGUUUAAUGUGGCUCACUGGCCUUCAGCCUUUCUCAUACACUUUUGCGAUGAAUAAACUUCAAAUAAAUAAUACCGUAUAUACUCGAGUAUAUAUGGUAUGUCACUAAUUUUGGCAUAUUUACUUCACCUCAAUAAACAGUUCAUUUCCAAUAAAGAAAGGGGCGUUGCCGAAAAACACUGUAAAUCUGGCCUUAGAUUAAACUCUGAUUUAUAGCCUACCCAGAGUGCUGCUGGAUGAAGCAUUAGUUCAGGCCAAGUACAGGGUGGAACCAGCAGAAAGAGAACAGCAAGCAGAGGUAGAUGAAGGGAAUGUUAGCCAGGGGUCUAAGCAAAGCUUAGGUUAUGAAACCUGGACUUUGUUGACAGCAGUUGAGUGCCUAGCAGUAUUAUAUUCCGUAUACAGACAAUACAAAGUAUGAACAGUACUUUUUUUUUUCUUUUUACAGUGCUAUUGUUCAAGGCUGCUAUAGGCACUAAACAUACCAGCACGCUAUGCUCUUAUUGGUAAUGUAGGUAUGUGGGGUGACAUUAGCAGAAACCCACAAUUCCUGUAGUUUCUGCUGGACCCUCAGCCUAACAGGAUGAAAAACCGAUGAAGACAUUGAAUGAGUUUUCAUAACUAUACAAAUUAUGGUCUAUACUACGGAUCCAACCCCUGGCACCCCCACCGAUCAGCUAACUGAUCCAGCUCUACAGCAAGUGUCAUGUCUCCUUUAGACUGAGUUCACACAGCAUAAUACAUGCAAAAGCUCCUCUGGCUGGCUUUUCAUGUAAAAAAGUUUUGCAACAUCCGGAGGGCCACCAGUUUGAGACCCCUGAUGAAAAUAGACCUACAGUCAGGAGGCCUUAAAGGGGUACUCCACCGACCAGCGUUCAAAACAUUUUGUUCUGUACCCUAUGUGUGCGCUGCAGGGGGUCGGUGACGCCCCUUGUGACAUCACGCCAUGACCUCUCAAUGCAAGUCUAUGGGGGGGGGGGGUGGCGGCUGCCCUUCCCCCUCCCAUAGACUUGCAUCGAGGGGGCAUGGUGUGAUGUCACGAGGGGCAUGGCUGACCCCCGCAGCGUGCACACAUCAUUUGGAACUAAAUGUUCUAAAUACUGGUCAGUGGAGUACCCCUUUUUAAGAGGUACAAAAAGAUGCAUCCAUAUUUUGCUAGUGUGAACCCAGCCUUAUUGUUUACCAGUACAAUUGCUUACAGUAUGGCGGCUCAGAAAUGUUCAAGUGAAAGGGACUGAGCUUCAGUACCAGUCACAGCCACUACAAAUUGUCAAUGAAGGGGAUGUGACAUAGGCUGGAGCGCUAUGUUCCCCUUAAUCAGCUUACUAGCAUUAUGCUGUGGGCUGGACCCCCCCCUGAUGUGAUAUUGAUAGUCUAUCCCAGGCGUAGGCAACCUUCGGCACUGCAGAUGUUUUGAACUACAUCUCCCAUGAUGUUCCUACAGCCAAAAUGCUGACAAAGCAUCAUGGGAGAUGUAGUCCAAAACAUCAGCAGUGCCGAAGGUUGCCUAUGCCUGGUCUAUUCUAAGGGUAGGCCAUCAGUAUUCUACUCCGGGAAAACCCUUAAAUUAAAGGAACACUCACAUUUUCAUAGUGUGUUAUGCAGAGUGCAGACCUGAGAGGAAGGUACAUGAAAUCCCCACACAUGCACAUCCUCCUUUUGGCCUUGUAUUAUGCAGAACAUAUUAGAUCAGUUCUGCCCAGAGUGUCCUUAAAUGUGAAAAUACUUUUAUUUUUAUAUUUUGCAGUUUUGACAAAACAAGAGAGAAAUUCAUUUUUGCAGCGUGCCCACGGCAGAAUGUAACGCCGGUGCGGAGAUUCAUAUUCCUGCCUCUGUGAAAAGAAUUGACGUGACAAUUAUUACGGCGGAUUCUGCUCGGAAAUGCAUUAUCGCCUAUGAAGAUGCCGCAUUUCCGAGCAGCCCUAGCGAAGACAUGUUCUGUCGCUGUGUGAUAGAAACCUUAGGGGGAGAUUUAUCAAAACCUGUAUAGAGGAACAGUGGAGCAGUUGCUCAUAGCAACCAAUUAGAUUGAUUCUUUUAUUUUUCAGAGACCUUUUUUAAAAAUAAAGCAAAUCAAAUCUGACUGGUUGCUAUGUGCAACUGCUCUACUUUUCCGCUACUCCAGGUUUUGAUAAAUCUCCCCUUUUGUUCCUAUCUAGGGGUUUCAGGACAGGAUUCUAAUGAUUCAUGUACAGUUGGAGGGUCAUAGGGUUCAAUCCCAUUUUUUGUAUUAUGGAAGAUAUUACAUAGCAAUUUUGGCCUUUUAAUGCAGUUUGUUGGCUUAAACUGUUUUGAAUUAUUAUAAUUAAACAUGAUUAAUAUUUAUUUGUUUGAUUUAUUAAACUGGAAUACAUUUUUUGUGUAAAUGUGUUUGUGGUAUUAGACUAACCUAUUUAAAAAAAAAAUUAAAGCAGCGAUCUGAUUGGUUGCUAUGGG